GUGAGAGAGUGUGAAUGGCAUCAUCGUCGUCGGCGUUCAUGGUGAUCUGCAUCCUGCACUCGCUCAUAGCGGUCACGUGCGGGGCACUGAUGAUGUUCUACAUGAAGAAGGUCUACAUGUUCGGCCACAGAGUCCAAACUUCCACCAAGCUCUUGGGAUCGACGCCCCACGAUCAGCUCCUCAUCAAGACUUCUAAUUCCUUCUCCGGCCUUCUCCUCGUCGCCAUUGGCUUCCUCCUCUUCAUGGUCUCCUUCGUCAAGGAUCACGAUUUUCAGGUCUUCUUCGCCAAGGGCCGCACACUUCUCCACCUCUUCAUGGCCAUGUGGAGGAUCUACUUCGAACGCAAGGUCGAGGAUAUUUCAUUUGGAGGCCAUCAAUGA